AUGGACGCAACUUUCCUUGUCACUACACAGCCGCUGACGAUAAGCAAAGCACCAACUUAUUUGAGUCUGCUGAAGACUUUCAAAGAUGAAUAUUCAGUGAUAGUACGGGAAACAGGCCAAGUUCAAACUCCUUUUUCAGAAAGCUUGAUAGGGCUGAAAAAUGGGAUGGAUAGUAAGUUGAAGGAAUCAGCCAGAUAUUUUGAGUGUGAUCCUGAUGAAGUAGAGAAAGAUGAUUAUGCUUACACAGCAGAUAUGGCCUUUUGGCCUGGGAAUACUUAUGAAAUCAAGUACACCUUGUUUUCAAGCUUCGUUCUCUGUGGCAAGAGCAAAAUUAUGGAUGCUUUUCAUUAUUAUCUGCAAGAUCUUGAUCUUAGAAAACCAGGAGUUCGCAAGCCCUUUAAAAGGGAUGAAUUCGAAACUACGACAGAGGAAGUUCUGCGCAAAGCUGAUUUCAGGAAUGUGAGGUUCCUAGCUAACUUCAUAACGGAGGCCGGAAUUCUCAACAAGAGAAGCAAGACUGGAAUUAGUGCCAAGGCUCAAAGAAAGAUUGCCAGGGGGAUCAAAACUGCUAGAGCUUUCGGUCUGAUGCCGUUCACCACUAUGGGAACAAAGCAGUUUGUAUUUGGUAGAACAAUGGAGGACCUUGACGCAGAUUAUGAAUAUGAGAUGUACGACCCCAAUUUUGUCGACACAGAAGUUGGUCGGGAACCUCUUUAAGAUGCUAGUACUAGUUACUAUUUGUUUUAAUUGACCAUGGUUUGUCCUUGAGGACGUGUAUGUAUUCUCAGUUAUGGCGAUGAAAAGAUGCUCUAGCUGAGAUUUUGUUUCAAAUUACAUAUUGCUUCAAUGGACUGCCCUACAUAAUACACAUAGGUUUCAUUGUAUAUCAAUGAUUUAGCUGUUGGAGCUUUCUUUAGUUGUUGUCUUUUGGACAUUUUCGUAAACCUAUUGGCUCCAAAAUGUAGUUCCGAUAAGUUGCAUAAACAACUAAAUAAUGAAUAUCAAAUCAUUUAGUUUAGCAAUCACAUGUUGCAAUUGCGAUAGGAUGCCCUAAUUUCAUCCUUUCUCCCAAGAAGAUGAAGAUCCAGUUGCCCAAAAUAUGAGAGCUGGAACUAACCUCAUGUAGAGCAGGUGGUAUUAGGUGGAUUGUUAUACACCAUGGGACCUCUCAUGUGAUGUUCAUUUUCCAAUU